AUGAGAAGGCCAUCGCGCUUUCAACUAUGUAUUUGUUUAUUAUUCCUCAUCCCAUUGACGCUGCUGGCCAGCCACCUCGAAGAUCUGUGCGAUCAGUAUCGCGCGCAAGAGUACAUAUUUGAUUGGUUCAUACUCGAUCGGGCUGAUCUAGAGAGGAUACCUUCUCCUCCAGUCCGGACGGGCGACAAGGUAAUUGUGGCUGCGAAGCUGCAGAAUGAAAAGACAAACUGGAUUGAGCAAGAACUACCUGACUGGCAACGAGCUAUCUACAUCGUCAACCCAUCGCGAGAAGUUGCAGCGGAUGGGCGACAACUCACAACACCCCUUAACAAGGGCCAUGAAUCUAUGGCUUACCUAACAUACAUUAUAGAGCACUAUGAUAGGCUCCCUUCUACCAUGGCCUUUGUCCAUUCGCAUCGCUCAGGCUUUCUCCGAGCAUGGCAUGUUGAUGCGCCUUUGCAUGAUAAUGCGUGGUCUAUAAGAGCCUUACAACUGGACUUUGUGCAGCAGAAUGGCUAUGUCAAUCUACGGUGUAACCUAAACCCAGGCUGCAAGGCCAUCUACCACCAUGUAACCCGUGAUAUCUUCACAGAGAUAUUCGAAGGCACCAGCACACCGCCGCGCAAUCGGACUGAUAUCGCGCUUGGAAGUGAAAAGCGCGCCAUUGAAAUCCCCGACACGGUUGCGGCAGCAUGUUGUGCGCAGUUUGCAGUAUCUCGGGAGCAGGUGCUUCAGAGACCACGUGAGGAUUAUAUUAAGAUCCGGCAGUGGGUGAUUGAUACGCCGUUGGAUGAUGCCCACAGCGGAAGGGUUAUGGAGUAUCUGUGGCAUAUCAUCUUUGGCAAAGAAUCUGUCUAUUGCCCGGAUGAGGAAGUCUGUUAUUGCCAGGUGUACGGGCUAUGUUGA